AUGCACGCCGACAAGUGGAGGAGGAAGACCCUUCCUAGCCUCCGAGCAUCUUCUCCUCUUCCAAUACCGCGUGAUUCCACCGAAGAAACAGACACGAUGGAAUCCAAGAAGCCCCGUGCCUUCUCCAAGGCUAUCCGGUCCCUCAGUAAUUCAUCGAUGGAGUCCUUGUCACAUAGCCCUUCCAGAGGAUCCACGAAUGCACGACGACUCCAAAAGACCCAUUCCGGUUCGGGUUCCAUGAUCGAUAGGAUUCACCGACGAGUCUCGAGCCACUCGCCAGUGAGCGCCUCUCCGCCAGAACUGUCCGCCACUCCUUUGGAACUACCAUAUACAUCGAUGGAGAUUCUCCAACAUGGCCCCCUUAAGGCGGAUAUCUCGAUCCUCAAGGCCCGCUCUGAAUAUCUGGUGCUGACGGAUCACUGCUUGAUCAAAUUUGGCAACUUGGAAGCCGCGAAAGGCGUCUUCCCGCAACUGGGUCAGCCGGUCGGAAAGAGAGGCAGCAUCAUAUAUCACACGAAUAAGCCAACUGCGUCAGAACUCCGUCUUGAAAUUCCCCUCCGCUCCAUCGUUGCCGCAUUCAACGAAGAAGGCUCGAGUCCUCGAUUCGGAAUCGAAGUGUGGUGGGCUUCUCAGUGGCCUAAGUUGUCAUACGGCAAGAUGCAACUUUUCUUCUCGCUCCCAAAGGACCGAGACGAGUGGUUAGCCGAAAUUCAACGAACUUGCAAAAUGAGCCUACGGCGAUCUCCUGGUCACUCUCUCGUCCCCGAUAACCUCAAAGCCCGCAUCAACCACAUCGUCGAAACCUACGAACCAACCGCACCCGACGGAAGUACCAAGAUCCUGACGUUCCCUGUUGCAAAACGUAUCAUUGGGCUACCGCAGAAAUCAUCCUCUACUGAGGAGGCUCAGCACCUUGUCGACGGCUCGUCGUUUUAUGUCGUUCUUGGCCCUUGCAUGUGCUAUUUCCUUGAAGUUCUAAAGGCAGAUUGUACAACAACCGCCGGCGAUCUACGGGUAAAGGUGCAGUCUUUUGGCACUGUAACAAUUACCCGCUUCAAGGCGUCUGUGGCCUCGCAGGAGCAGAGAUUUGUUAUGUGUUUUCGUCUUCCCUUCGGGCGUGAAUCCCGGUUAGAGCUUGCCAGCAUCCACUAUCGGCGAAUCAUCGAGACCAUGACCAAACUCGAUCGAGAACUGAAACCUAUGUGGCCACAACACUUGCAACAAGCCAUCUUCGAUGUCAAAGGCUUGCCCCCGCCGCUCCAAUUGACCUCUGGAAAUGACUUGGGAGGCUUGCAGAGAAGCCUGAACGCUUACUGUGCCGCAUUUCAUACCCAGGUUCCCCGAUGGACUAUCGAAUGGGAUGCUCAGGCCCAGGCAGCCUUUCGUCUUCUCCCUUCUGGUGGCUCGGCAUAUUCCCCACUACAGCUUCUUGCCGUGUUUCGGGCAUUAAGGUACAACAGUUACUUCAAAGCGCUGUCCUUUCGCAACGUCGAUUUGUCGUCUCUUAUUGGAAAGCACGAUUACUCCCAAUAUGGCGAUUCGGUAGUGUAUAACUCUUUGAAUGGACGACGCAUUUCUGAAGAGCAUUACGAUCUCCUGAUGCAGGCGCCAAUUCUUGUUUUGGAGAUUCACGCAUUAGUCUUUUCCUCCGAGUCCAUCCGAAGCAUCGACCUGAGAAACGUUCUGGGAUCCCGAAGUACAACAAGUCAGCCAGGUCGACCUAAAGUUGACCUCGACUACGCGCGGAAGUUAACGUCAGAAGUAUUUCGACCAAUCCUAUGGUUAUUGAGGUAUGGGGCGUGUCGUUGCCAUAGCAUCGCUAUGUCCGGUAACCUCCUAUCUCCAAGUGAUGUUGAAGAUCUAGCAAAUCUUCUUGUUCUCGAUCACACGUACUUGAGAAAGCUGGAGAUUGCAAGCUGCGGCCUUGGAGAUGCCGGACUGUCAAAAGUAUGGACUGGAAUUUCCGCACAGGCCGCUAGCCUCGAAGUCUUAGACACAUCCGAUAACCAGGGAACUGUCAAAUUCGAUGUUAUCCAACAUUCUCUCAGCGAACUUCGGGCUAUCAAAAAGUUGAAAAUUGCCGGAAAUACCCGUCUUCAUCCCGAAAUUCCUUUGUUUGAUGAAGCAGCACUUAACUUCUGGACCCUAGAGGAACUGGACUUGUCUGGCAUUGCUCUUAACGAGUCAACGGUCGACUUAUUGGCCAAGUAUUUGAGGCAGCCAAGUUCGCUGGAUCUCCGGGUCCUUCGCCUCAACAACUGUGGCCUAACCGGACAACAAGUCGCUCAGCUAUUCUGGGAGAUGGGCCAGGCAAGGAAGAUGACGGUUUACAUCAACGCCAAUUACCUAGACGAAGGAAUUGACAAUUUGUGUGAGGCCAUCUCCUGUGGCUUUGGGCCUUGGAGCUUGUUCGUGGAAAUGGUCGAGUUCUCUUCGGAGAUGAGCUACAUCAAACUUAUGCGGGCAUUGACAGUCAACAAGACGAUCGAGUGUCUCAGCCUAGCAGGAACGGCCACCAUUGAGUCGGCCAGCGAAGAGACCUGCGAGGCCAUAUCAGACUUCUUUUCUGACAACGACACGGUGAGAUUUCUUGACCUCUCCGGGUUUGAAUCCAAACUGGAUGAAGGACAUCUCGGUCAAGAUUUCUCAAGGGCCUUGAGCGGCCUCCGCUCAAAUACACGAAUCGAGCACCUUCGCGUGCGAAGCCAAAUGUUGAACGUCAAUAUCGGGGAUCUUGCAGAGGCCAUUUCAGCCAAUAAGACCCUGCACAGCCUGGACUGCGAGGGCAAUGGCUUCAACCUUUCCAACUUCCGACAUCUUGUCAGGCAUAUGGCUGAUAACGCGACAAUUCGAUACUUUUCUGCCUUUGAAGAUCGGGAUCUUUUACAGACAAUUCAGAAGUCGAUUGAUAAGGCAGUUCAACAAGCUGCUACAUCUACACGACGACAGUCUAUGAUUUCCAUAUUUCGGGCUGACAAGGUCCCUCAGAACGUCAGUCAGCCACUGACACAACAACUGAGAGAGGGAUGGGAAGAUGCCGCGCAGACACUACAGCAGAUCUUGACAAGAAAUAGGCUUCUAUUUCAGGAGGGUCAGGACGGUCGCCACGAAUUAGGGGAACAUGUGUCCCUCCAAGAUGUGGUUGGCGAUGCUGUCUUCUCCAAGGACUUUGGUGGACUUGCCCGCCGAGCGACUGAGUCUCCCCGAGUUACAGGUCGGUACGGCUCCGGCAACUUGCAAAAGAGGGCAAGCACCAUCUCCUUGGCGACAAGCAUGACUCGACUAUUACCCGAUUCAACUACCCAUGGAGUGAGAUCAUACUCCUUUGUCUCGGGCGAUGACGCCGGAAGUCCGGCGGUGGACAGCCAGAGCACGGGUUCGGCGAUCCCCACGCCUCCCGAGCUCGAAAGUCCAGUGGAUAGAGAAUACAGUCUGGGCAACCAGCAAGAUCAGGGGAUUGGCGGCGAAGAGUCCCCUGAUUAUGAUUACAGUUUUACGGAUGCUCAAGAUGCCGAUUUUGGCCUUGAAAUCACAGCGCAUCGGCGGUUCUGGAGUGACGAAGCUGGGUGCAUUGAAGAGGAGGAUAAUGGUAUUCCGGUUAAUGAACGGCCCCCAUUCUUCUGCAGAAAGGUGGCUGCUGGCGGCGAGACGAGACGCUCCAGUCGUCAUCAGCGUCGUCCACUUCAUCCUCCACCAUCACAUACAUCCGUGGAUACCUGCCUCCUUAUCCAUCCGCCAUCCGCAUCCGCACCCGCGCCCGCCAUCUGUUGGCUGCGACCUCUUUUGUUUCUAAUUCCUUUUAUUCUGAUUCACGCUCGCACCGCCAUGUAUUCCAACUCCAACGCCUUUUUAGGCGGCAACAGCCAGCGUCCUGGCGCGCCACAGCAAUAUGGCGGAGGGUCGUUCAACAACUUGGCUCCUGGCCAGCAGCAGCAGCAGCCCGGCCAGCAACCAGGCCCCUUUGCGCCCCAGCCUACGGGCUUCGGCCAGGCUCCGCUACAGCAGCAGUUCACCGGGUUUCCGGCGCAAGGCCAGGGAUUGCAGCCUCAACAACCGCUCCAGCAGCAGUUCACGGGCUUCCCGGGACAGGCGCAGCCCCAGCAGAGCUUCCAGACUGGCGCCCCUCCCAUGCCCUCGAUGCCACCGCAGUUCCAGCAGCAGUUCCAACAGCAGCAGCAGCAGCCGCAACAGCAGCAACAACCUCAACCUGGCUUCCAGAUUUCCCAACCCACCGGUUUCUCUGCCUCGCCGCAGCCCGCUGCCAUGCCCUCCAACCCACCGGUUCCGAUGAAGCCUCAGCCGACCGGCUUCACCGAGAUGGCCGCAUCAUUCCACACCGGCGGCACGGCGAAGCCAAGAGGCCGCAGGGCUGAGAAGGCCACGCCAAACAAGAUCCCCAACAUCAGGUUGUCCUUUAUCACUGCCCAGGACCAGGCCAAGUUUGAGACAUUGUUCAAGUCGGCCGUUGGAGAUGGUUCAAUGACCAUGUCAGGAGAAAAGGCUCGCGAUCUGCUUAUGCGAUCAAGGCUUGACGGUGAUUCUCUAUCGCUCAUCUGGACUUUGGCUGAUACCACCCGCGCCGGUCAACUGUACUUCCCUGAAUUUGCGCUUGCCAUGUACCUCUGCAACAUUAGACUCACUGGCAAGCAGCUGCCUCCGAACCUGCCCGAUACUAUCAAGAAUGAGGUCUCCAGCAUGGUGGAUAUCAUCAACUUCAGUGUUGCGGAUGAGAGUGGCCAGGCUACCAGCAGUACCCCUGAUAUCAGAACCAACACCGCGACUCCGCCCACCAUUCACCAACCCCAACCCCAGGCGUCGAAUUCGCAGCUACUUCAGGCUCAGAUGACGGGUUUCCCUGGCCAGCAGGCAGGAUUUGGACAGCCCCAAGGUUUGCAGGCUCAGCAGACUGGCUUCCCGGGCAUGCAGAACCCCCAGGCUGUUGGAUACACCGGCCCACGCCCCCCGAUGCCACCGAUGCCCACAGGCUACGGUCAGUCUCUGUCGCCAAACGCCGGUGCUCCCGGUAUGGCUGCUCCCCUCAAUGCCCAGCCCACGGGGCGGCCUGGUCAGUGGGGUCUAGUGAAUGCCCCGUCCACUGGCCUGCCCAACAUCGAUGCUCUGCAGGCCCGCAUGAUGCCCCAGCAAGGCCGUGAGGCUGGGACAUACACUACCCAGGGUCUCCAAGGCAAUGCUGAUAUUCCUUGGUCAAUCACCAAGGAGGAGAAGACUCGUUACGACGCGCUCUUCAAGGCUUGGGACGGACUCGGCAAGGGCUUUAUUGGUGGCGAGCAGGCUAUUGAGAUCUUCGGCCAGAGUGGUCUCGAGAAGCCUGAUCUGGAGAGGGUCUGGACUCUGGCUGACAACGGCAAUAAGGGUCGUCUUGAUCUGGAUGAGUUCGCCGUCGCUAUGCAUUUGAUCUACAGGAAGCUGAACGGCUACCCCCUCCCCAACAACCUUCCUCCUGAGCUCGUCCCCCCCUCUACUCGCAACUUCAGCCAGUCCAUUGGCACUCUGAAGUCGAUGCUUCAUGAGGAGUCAGACCAUCGCAAGAACUCCGGGGCUGCUCUGCUGCCCCAGAAAACUGGUGUCAGUUAUAUGAAGAAUCGAUCAUUCAGAGGAGGCGCUGGCGGUAAUGCUGCCGGUCGCAAAGAUGCCACUGUCUUUAAAAACGAGGACGAGCAGUUUGGAUAUCGGUCAAGCGCUCGUCGCAGGGUUGGGAACAACUCUCCCCGACCCGAUUCCCCGUCAUCUGUGGCCUCAAAUGAUGACUUGACCCUGGACCAGCUGAGGAAGAAGAUUAAGGAGAAGGAGAUCUUGUUGGAUGCCAUGGAUUUUACCGAUGAAAAGAACCAUGAGGAAGACGAUAUUCUGGACAGGCGGGACAGACGUGAAGCUGAAGAGCUCUACCGCCGUAUCCGCCGUACUCAAGAGGACAUCGAUGCCCAUCCCGAUGCGGCCUUGAUCACUGGCGACUCCGAUGCUGAGAGAAGGACUCUCAAACGCCAGCUUCAGAAGCUCACGGAUAAGAUCCCCGAGCUCGCCUCCCAAGUGCGAAAGACGGAGAGGGCCAUCAUGGAGGCUAGACUCGAACUAUUCCGCCUCAGGGACGCCAAAGCUCACCCUAGCAGCGGCACCCCCAUCAUCGGAACUGGGCCUGGUGGAGCUGUUACCGAGUCGGAUCGCCUUAAGGCCCGAGCAAAGGCCAUGAUGCAGCAGCGAACCGCCGCUCUGACUGGAAAGAAGAUUGACAUCGGCACUGAAGACGUCGAUGCACCUAAGCGACUAGAGGAGGAGAGUAUCAAGGUCAGGAACGAGAAGGAGGGUAACGAGCGCAUGGUCCAGGACGUGGAAGAGAGUGUCCGAGACUUCUCCCGAGGCAUUGAGGACAGCCUUAAGGAGGGUAGCAAAGAUAACACCAGCGAGCACGAGAAGCGUCGUUGGGAAGAUGGACUGGGUGUUGAGGACGAGGUACGAGACUUCAUCUUUGAUCUUCAGCGCGAAAGCCGAUCCACUCGAGUCCGCGCUCAAGACAAGCGAUCCGCGCGACCUUCAGUCGCUGCAGAGGAAACUCGAUCGGAACGGAUUGCUAGUCCUCGAGUUGAGAGCCCUGUGUCGACUUCUCGAACCGCUACGCCACCCGCAGCCGGGGGCUCUUAUGCCUCAUACAAGACUCCCGAGGAGCGCGCUGCUUUUAUCAAGCAACAGGCCGAGCAGCGCAUGGCCGAGCGGCUUGCCGCUCUGGGAAUCAAGGCUCCCUCAAAGCCUGGCGAGACUGCUGCUCAGCGUAUAGAGCGCGAACGAGGCGAAAGGGCCGCCAAGUUGCGUCAGGCCGAAGCAGACGAUGCUCGCAGGGAAACUGAGCGCCAGGCUCGCCUUGCAGAGGAACAGGGUGUUCCUCCGCCUGCGCCUGCACCUGAGCCGUCCAAGACGGAGGCCAAGAAACCCCCACCUCCGCCCACCAGACAUCGGGGCAAGAAUGACGCCGCCGAUGCUGCGAGGAAGGCCGAGGAGGACCAGGCUGCCAAGCAAGCCGAGGAAGAGCGACUGUCUCGUGAGCGUGAACAACAGCAGCGAGAGUCCCAGCAGAUGGAGGAGCCUGCAAGAGACCCGGAAGAUGACUUUGCCAAGGAACGUGAGGCGGCCGACGCUCGUCUCAAGGCUCUGGAAGAGCAAAUGAAGCAAAGAAAGCUUCAAAAGGAAGAGGAUAAGAAGCGCAAGAAGGCAGCCUUGGCCGAGGCAAAGGAAAAGGAAUCCAAGCUAGCUGCACGACGAGCCGAGAUUGAGGCUGCACGUCAGCGCGAGCUUGAGCUUCAACGCCAACUCGAGGCCAUGGACGACGACGAUAGCUCUUCGUCGGAUGAUGAUGAGGGCCCUCAGCAGAUCACUCCCCAGGCGUCGACAGUCGGCAGCCAGGAGCUCGAGAAGAAGGCAACACCACCUCCAGUAAUCCCCUCGGUCAUCACCUCGCCGCCUGCUGAAACAGAGAGCAAGAACCCCUUCUUCCGAAUGAUGUCCCAGUCAUCUGAGAGCCCAUCUGCCACUCCUGCCGCAGCUCCCCCGGCUCCUCCGGCUCCUCCGGCUCCUCCUGCCCCUCCGGCUGCGGCUGCUCAGUCGGAUGCGUCUACGAACCCUUUCCACCGCAUGACUCAGGAGAGCAAGGCUCCGCCAGCACCUGCGGCCCCGAUUGCUCCGGUCUCUCGCCGGCGUGCUGAUUCGGAUGACUGGGGCUCUGACAAGGAUUCUGAGGAUGAGGAGUCCGACGAUGACCGGCCAGGCGGUGGCAAUGCUGCUCAGCUGGCGUCUAUCCUGUUCGGCACCAUGGCACCUCCUCGGCCGCUAUCUGCUGCCGACAGGGAGUCGACUCCAGCUAGCCCGGUGCCGCUAAACACUGAUUCCCCUAUCGCUUCUCCUCCUCCUCCUCCGCCAAUGCCCGGCACUGCUGCCCCGGGAGCGCCGCCGCCUCCUCCUCCCCCUAUGCCGGGUUCCGGAGCGCCAGCGGCUCCUCCGCCACCCCCUCCGAUGCCGUCAGGCGGAGUCCCUCCCCCGCCCCCUCCUCCUCCUCCUCCCGGCGGUGCUCCAGCAGCCCCGGGAGGUGGUGGACGUCCCGCGGGUUUCUUGAGCGAGAUUCAGUUAGGUCGAUCGCUCAAGAAGACGGCUACCAAGGAUUCUAGCGGUGCAGCCGUGACCGGACGCGUUUUGGAUUAA